AUGAUAUAUUUGAGCAUCUGGGCACAAAUACAACAUAUCAAUUUGAACACCGAAGAUGGUAUAGGAAUACCGAAAAAAUCUUUUCUGUUCUCUACAACUACUGCAACGGCUACGACAACUACUACAACGGCUGCAACAGCUGAAAAAACUUCCACAACAACAAUUACUUUCACAUCAACUGUUGCAACAACAACGACUGCUUGCCCAAGUGACGCCACAUCUGAAUAUUCAGCGAUAGAAGCGCAACCAAGUGCGGUCAUAACAAAUGGACGUGUCGACAGAUUACGUGUAUGGAUGACUUCGUGUAACAGCGAAACCACCUAUUCUUCUUUUUUUACAAUAAAAAAUGUAACAGCUAUUCAGAAAUUAGCUAGAUUCAGCGUUAGCAAGGAAAACGUGGCUAACCUAUGUUUCUCUAUAUUUGUGAAUGGUAGUAGGACGACUUACGAGGUAGUACCUCGUUGUAAUAAUCAGAGCAUACGGGAAGAUAUAAUCAGUUCUGGGAACUACACGUUUGACGGGGUUGGUAUGGCGUUCAACCCUACCGAUUAG